AUGGUGUUCUACUUCACCAGCAACGUCGUCUCCCCGGCCGCCUACAUCUACAUGGGCAAAGACAAAGUAGAAAAUGAGGACCUAAUCGCCCACGGCUGGGACGAAGACGUCUGGUUCCACGUCGACAACCUCUCCUCGGCGCACGUCUACCUGCGCAUGCGCGAGAACGAAAAAUGGGACAGCCUCCCGGAAGACCUCCUGAUCGACUGCGCGCAACUCACGAAAGCGAACAGCAUCGAGGGGAACAAGAAGGAUAACGUCACGGUCAUCUAUACGCCGUGGAGUAAUCUGAAGAAGAGCGGGGAUAUGGCGACGGGACAGGUGGGGUUCAAGGAUCAGAAGUUGGUGAGGAGGGUGUAUGUGGCUAAGAGGGAGAAUGUGGUGGUCAAUCGGUUGAAUAAGACCAAGGUGGAGAAGUAUCCGGAUUUGAGGCAGGAGAAGGCGGAUAAGGAGAGGGAGUUGAGGAGGAAGGCGAGAAUUGCGGCGCAGGAGAAGAAGAAGGAAGAUGCGAAGCUUGCGGACGAGCGACAGAGACUGAAGUGGCAGAAGGAUCACAUGUAUGAUGAUCUUCACACGGAUGAUCAGAUGGCCGAGUCGAGCAAUCAGGACCGGGAUGCAGACUUCUUGGACGACUUCAUGUAG